CUUGGUUCUCAAAAGUAGCAAUAUCAAUUGAGAGAAGAGUCAUUGUUGUUUUUGCAAAUCCAUAGCUAGCUUCUGUUUUUCUUUUUAUUAUUUUUUCCUUCUAAUUUUUCCCUCUAUAUUGAAGACAACAAAAUCAAGUUACUGAACAUAAAAAAGGACCCAUUUUUUACUUGACAAUUUAAUUUUAUUUCACACGUUGAAUGUGGAAAAUGCGUAGUAUCAAUGUGCUAUUAGUGUUGUGUGUAGUUUUCUUUUCACUGUUUUGCUCCUCAGUGAAAGCCACUGUUUCCUAUGAUGACAGAGCUAUAAUCAUCAAUGGUAAACGAAGGAUUCUUAUUUCUGGUUCAAUUCAUUACCCAAGAAGCCCUCCCGAGAUGUGGCCUGAUCUUAUUCAAAAAGCUAGAGAUGGAGGCUUAGAUAUUAUAGAGACUUAUGUCUUCUGGAAUGGACAUGAACCCUCUCCUGGAAAAUUUAACUUCGAGGGAAGGUAUGAUCUGGUUAGGUUUAUCAAGUUGGUACAACAAGCAGGCCUCUAUGUUAAUCUCCGCAUUGGCCCUUACAUUUGUGGAGAGUGGAACUUUGGGGGCUUUCCUGUUUGGCUAAAAUAUUUACCUGGUAUGGAAUUUAGAGCAGACAAUCACCCUUUCAAGUUGGCAAUGCAAGGAUUUGUUCAAAGAAUUGUCAGCAUGAUGAAGUCUGAAAAAUUGUUUGAACCUCAAGGAGGGCCAAUUAUUUUGUCACAGAUAGAAAAUGAGUAUGGACCAAUUGAGUGGGAAGUUGGUACUCCUGGUGAAGUUUAUACAAAAUGGGUAGCUGAAAUGGCUGUGGGUUUAGAUAUUGGAGUCCCAUGGAUCAUGUGUAAGCAAGAGGAUGCUCCUGAUCCUGUGAUUGAUACUUGCAAUGGCUUUUACUGCCAAGAUUUCCGUCCUAAUAAGCCCUACAAACCUAAAAUGUGGACAGAAGUCUGGACUGCUUGGUAUACGAAAUUCGGUGGUCCAGUUCCUAGCAGACCAGCAGAAGAUGUAGCAUUUUCAGUUGCAAGGUUUAUUCACAACAAUGGUUCAUUCUUCAAUUACUACAUGUACCAUGGGGGAACAAAUUUUGGUCGGACAAGUUCAGCACUUUUCAUUGCCACUAGCUACGAUUACGAUGCUCCACUAGAUGAAUAUGGGCUGUUAAAUGAACCAAAGUAUGGGCACUUGAGAGAUCUGCAUAAAGCUAUCAAGCUAUCUGAACCAGCAUUGGUUUCAUCAUAUCCAACAGUGAAUUGGCUGGGAAAAAAUCAAGAGGCUCAUGUAUUUAGAUCAAAAUCCGGGGAUUGUGCUGCAUUCCUGUCAAACUAUGACACUAAAUAUUCAGUUCAAGUCACCUUUCAGAAUAUCCAAUAUGACCUUCCUCCCUGGUCCAUCAGCAUUCUUCCCGAUUGCAAAACUGCUGUUUACAAUACUGCAAGGAUUAGCUCCCAAAGCUCACAGAAGAUGAUGACACCUAUAGGUGGCGGAUUGUCUUGGCAUUCAUACAAUGAAGAAACUCCCUCAGCUGAUGACCGUGACACACUUUCAGCCAAUGGACUAUUGGAGCAGAUAAAUAUUACUAGAGACUCCUCGGACUAUCUGUGGUACAUGACAGAUGUAAACAUAGGGUCUGAUGAAGAAUUUCUAAAGAAUGGAAAGGAUCCUUUUCUCACUGUUAUGUCUGCUGGUCAUGCCAUGCAUGUCUUCAUAAACGGCCAACUAUCAGGAACUGCUUAUGGAGGAUUAGAUAAUCCAAAGGGGUACUUCAACUUCACCUUCUUGUUUGAACGAAAUGUUAAGUAUCAUUGUGAAACUGAUAAUUUCAGGUAUCAUAUCCCUCGAUCAUGGCUGAAACCGAAUGGAAAUCUGUUGGUUGUGUUUGAAGAAUGGGGUGGUGACGCAACCAAAAUCUCUUUGGUUAGAAGAGAAACUGCCAGAAUUUGUGCAGAUAUUGUAGAUGACCAGCCAACUCUUAAAAACUGGCAUAUGGCGAGCUCUGGAAAGUCUAAUAAUAUGCAUCCAAAAGCUCAUCUAUGGUGUCCAAAUGGGCAGAAAAUCACAAAAAUACACUUUGCAAGUUACGGAAUGCCACAAGGAACUUGUGGAAACUUCCGUGAGGGUACCUGCCAUGCUCACAAGUCAUAUGAUGCAUUUGAAAAGAAUUGCAUUGGAGAGCAAUCUUGUUCAGUAAAUGUUGUACCUAAGGUUUUCGGAGGAGAUCCUUGUCCAAAUACUUCAAAGAAAUUAUCAGUGGAAGCUAUUUGCAGCUGAGAUUAUCAAAGAUUGUUGGAAACAAAUAGUGAAACUAAAACCAAUUCAUUUUGAAUAACGAAAUACUUGAUUACAGGAAUAUAGUCUUCAUGAAAUUUUGCUUGCUUCUUUGCAAUCUUUGAUUUCACACUCGAGGGCAACUGAUUCGGUUAUUGGAUUGAAGAAAUUGUAUAGCAUAUCUAUACCAUAGGUCUUAGAGGACAGAUAAUUCGUGUGUAGAUAGAGGAAGGGGUUAUGACUGUUUGCGGAAUAACAUCAGUUGCCAGGGAGCUAAGUUUUCCUUUAUAAUUGUAAUAAUCUUACUAUAUAAAAUUUAAUUAAAUGAUUUCUAUACAA